CUGAAGGCUCCAAUUGCCCUCACACGAUUUCAAUACCAGAUACAAUGGCAAAAAAAAGGAAAGCUUCCGGACGCGCUGCACCGGCGGCAGAAGAUGAUGAUUACGAAUCGAAGAGUGGCCGUAUAGGACCCAUCACGACCUACGAAGAUGUCGCAGACUCGGAAGAUGAGUUCCAUAUCAAUCGAGACAAGGUUAUGCUGGAGGAUGGACCAGACGCAAAGCGCAGAAGGAAAUGGGCAGAUGAAGAUGCUUUGCUUGAGCCAUCAGACGAAGAAGUCCUUGGAUACUCCUCCGAAAGCGAAGACGAAGUGAAUACACGUCAAUUCGGGAAAAGUAAUGCAGUAAAAGGAUCGGAUGUUGAGCAAGUCGAAGAAGAAGACGAAGAUGCUGGCGGCUGGGGAUCUUCCAAGAAGGAUUACUAUAACAAUGACCAAAUCGAGACCGGUGCGGAUGCCCUGGAGGAAGAGGCGGAGGCUCAGAGACUUCAACAGAAGAAGCUUCAAAAGAUGUCAGAGGCAGACUUCGGAUUCGACGAGUCGGAGUGGCUUGAUGCUGGAGACGAUGAUGGCGACGGAGAUGUGGUCACGGAAGUCUUGAAGGACGUCGAGAUCACCCCUGAGAUGGGCACAGACGAGCGAUUACGAAUUCUACAAACACGAUACCCCGAGCUUGAAUUUCUUGCCAACGAUUUCAUAUCACUCCAGCCUGUCUUAGAAGAAUUGCAAGAACAGGCCGAUUUGGAAUUGUCAAAGUCAUCAGGACAAGCAUUACUUUUGGUUACCAAGAGCAGAGCAUUGGCAGCAUAUGUCGCUUCACUGACGAUGUAUUUUGCUAUCCUGACGUCUCCAGCGAAAGGUAAUACGGAACAAGCUCGACCUCUGGAUCCAGCAGAACUACGAGACCAUCCAGUCAUGGAAAGCUUAUUACAAUGCAGACAACUUUGGUCGAAAGUAAAGUCUCUGAAGGGGCCGAGCAUCCACCACAUCGAGGCGGAGAUUCCAAGCGAAGAAGAACUAGCUUUUCUACAAACAAAUGGUACCUUGGAGCUAACAAUCUCUAAGAAAUCUAAGAAAGAGAGGGUUCGCCAAGCAGAAGUCAAGAAAGCAGCAUCUCUUCGCGCCAAACAAAUGGCAGAUGCCGAAGAGGAGCUUGCAGACCUGUCUAAUCUGAUUCCUAAAUCGCGAAAGUCCAGCAAGAAAGCUAAACAAAUCGUCGAAGCAGAUGAUGAGUCUGAUUUUGGUGAGGAAGAGACAAUGGAUGCACGAGCUGCCGCAGAGAAAUCUCAGAGGAAGAAGAGCUUACGAUUCUACACUUCCCAAAUCGCGCAGAAAGCCAACAAGCGUGCUGAUGCUGGCCGAGAUGCUGGUGGUGACACUGAUCUGCCGCACAGAGAGAGGUUGCGUGAUCGUCAGGCUCGACUAAAUGCCGAGGCUGAAGCACGAGGCAAGAAGAUGGACGCAUAUGGUCGUGGUGGAGCUGCUUUGGGUGGCGAAAGCGAUAGCGGAGAAGACGAAGUCGCGGAACAAAUCAGAGAGGAGGGCGACGAGUAUUAUGAUAUGGUUGCAAGGACAUCGAAGCAGAAGAAGGCUGAGAAGGCUGAGAAGAUGGACGCGAUCAAGAGGGCUAAGGCAGAGAACGCUAUGGUCCGUGUCGUCGAGGGAGAGGUCGACGAAGAUGGAAAGCGUGCUAUCGGCUACGUGAUCGAGAAGAACAAGGGUCUGGCACCAAAGAGGAAGAAGGAUGUCAGAAAUCCUAGAGUCAAGAAGAGGAAGAAGUUCGAGGAGAAAAAGAAGAAGUUGGCAAGCACGAGAGCUGUGUAUAAGGGUGGCGAGGAGAGAGGAGGCUAUGGUGGCGAGAAGACUGGUAUUAAGCCUGGUUUGGUCAAGAGUAUCAAGCUUUAAUGAAUGGUCGUACUAGCCUAGGAGCUUUCAUGAAUUGUAUCGGC